AUGGAUGAUCAUAAUUUACCGGAUACCUCAAUGUCAGUUAAUGAUAAUUGUGUAAAUGUAAAAGAUUUCCAAACUGAAAUAAGUGGCGCAGUUACUGCGGCUCACGAAAAUGGUGAUAAUGGUAAUGAAUAUAUCGAUCUUGAUUUUGAAUUUCUUAAUGAAGAAUGGGGUGAUGAUGAAGAUAGUGAUGGGAAUGAUACUAAUGAUUUUACAGAGUUAAAGGUGACCAAAUUGGUUUGGAAAGAAGAUAAUCAAUUUGAAAAAAUAAAGCGUGGAAUAUAUAUAAAAGGAAAGACCUCAAAAUCAACCUAUUAUGAUAAAUAUGGACCAAAUGGCACAUUUACUAAGGCAGCCGCUAGUGUUAAAAAAAUUACAAAUUUUUUUAAAGUUAGAAGUAAUACUCAAGAUAAAGCUCAAGAUCCGGAAUCAGAAAUUACAAAAUCAGAUUUAAAAUCCAGUUCUUAA